AUGGUGCGCUUCACGAAAUUGCGAGACGAAGAAGAUGAUGCAUCCUCUCAAGAGACAGUAAUAACUGGCCACAUCGGAAUUGCUGAUAUGGGUCAUACAAAUCAUCAUCAUUCCACGAACAAUGCUGCAAUCACAACAACGAAACAUGAGGACGGCCCAUUGAAUACACAAACAACGCCACAAACAUUGCCAAACCCCACAAAUCAAAGCCCUACUCAUCAUCGGGACCAACCAGUGCCUCAGAUUAUUCUUUCACUCUCCUCUUCGACCAUCUCUUCUCCUGCCACACUUUCCGACUCGCUACUGAGCGUUUCGAAUCCGAGUGUUAGAACGUUGCACUGCAAUCACCAUCACAUUCAGCACCAUCACAACAAAAAUCCUCAAUUUGCCAAAGCUUCAGAUUUGAAAAUUACGGUAGCUCCUCCAACGAAUCAUGUUCAAGCUCAUUUACUGUCUCAUGGCUCGCCCAAUGAACAACAGCAAUUACACAAUAUUUCAUAUCACAUGGAAAGAAACGACGAAUUGAGUUUCACAAAUGAGGGUUAUGUAAUAUUUCACAACUCUGUAAAUAUUCACAAUGAUGUGGCAAAUGUACGAGAAAAAGGCACGCAUGUGCUUGGUAAUAUCAGGUCGCAACAUCACAACAGUUCAGACAAUCUCAGAGAGGAAUCGUUUCACAUGGGUGAUGAGGAGCAGGAGUAUGAUCUUGUCACAGACAAAUCUCUGGACAAAAUUGAAUCAACAAAUUCCCUUAAAACAGCUGGGAGUGAGGACGAAAUGAAAACAUUAGCAACCAAUCAAAAAACAGCCUUAUUGACUGCGAACAAUGUAAUUGCUGAAACAUGUGUGUCUACUCCAAAGAAAAUGAUCAGAACGAAAAGUAAUGUCACAGAUAUCAGUAGCACAAGCUCUCAAAGCUCCGUCAUGGAUCCUAUUGACUCCAGUAAGCGUCCAGCGUCUACGGAAAUGUCAUACAAAAUACCAUUUGUUAUCAAUGCCAUGAGGAUCACGUAA